GGUCCUUGUUGCGACCGCGGACAGACAGAAGCAAGUGGACCGGUGUGAAGCUAAGCUAAGCUAACAUAGCCACGCUACCGCCACUGAAAUUUCAAUUUCGGCACCCGCCUCGCUCGCAGCAUUAGCGCGUAUCUGCUUUCGAAAAUUCCGCGCUACCCGGAAGUGUUCUAACUGUCGGGCGAAGAAGCAGAACGAGGUGUUUAUUCCAUCCGGCCGCGCUUCUUCCCCCCACCCCCCCGCUAGUAGCGGGAAGGCGCCAGUCGUGUUUGACAACAGCGCUGUUCGCUCACGUUCCCGCUGCUGCGGAUGUUGUUUGCAGCUGCGGACUGAAGCGGCAGAAAGAAACCCGAAACCUCGCAUCGGACCGAGAGAGAGAGCGCAGUGAAGAAGCAUGGCUGAAUUCCUCGCGGACCCGACGGUGCUCACGAAAGAGAAGCUGAAGAACGAGCUCUCCGCCAACAACGUGCCACUUCCCAGCGGAGAGCACAAGAAAGAAGUGUACGUGCAGCUGUACCUGAAGAACUUAACCGUGCUGAACAACAAGCCGAGCCCGCCAGCAGACACCUUCUCCAGCGACGAGGAGCUGCCCGCCCCCGUGGUGUCCAGCAAGAGCCGCUCUGGAAGAAAAGCCACCAAAAAGACGGACAAGCCUCGCACAGCAGAGGUGGAGGUGACAGAUCUCACAGAUGAAGAUCUGAAACAACAGCUGGCAAAGCAUGGUGUGGAGUCAGGUCCCAUUGUUGCCUCUACACGUAAAGUGUAUGAGAAAAAGCUGCAGAAGGUCUUAGAUGAGCCUCCGGCUGAACCUGAAGCUCCUACAGACAUCACAACUCUCCCCAAGGCAGAUUCUAACCAGAACGGCAACACAAACUCUGACCACUACAGCGACAAGGAAGACGAGGAGAUCGCUGUGCCAGAACCAGAACCAGAACCAGAACCCGUUCCUGUGGUAGAGAGGCCUGUGAGGAGCAGAGGUAAAGCUCCCGUCACUGUCAGGGCCAGCAGCAGACGACAAACCAAGGUGGUGGAGGAAGUUAUUAUUGAAGAGACGCCAAAGAAGGCCAGCAAGAGCGUUGUUGAAGAUAUCCUUGCCAAUGAGAUAAGCACACCAACAGGCAUCAGUGCGAGCUGCAGGCGUCCGAUCCGAGGGGCGGCCGGUCGACCUCUAAAACCAAGCGAGUACUGGCUGGAUGAGUCCCGCCUUCUGCGCAACGUCCACACCGAGAGCCGCACCUACUCAGAGUCCUUUUCUCGACCGAGCAGCGACGUCUCUUCAAGCAAACCCUCAGGCCGACAAGGCUUUCUGUCUGUGUUGCUCAAGUUGCUGCUCCUCGUUGGGGUGGGUGGUUCUCUCUACUAUGCCUGCCAGAACCUGGAUGCAGAACAGAUCAACACCCUCAAAGGCCUAUUGGACGGCGUCAUCGUCCCGCUCCAGGGUAUUGCAGACAGCGCAGCCAGCUACCUGGGCAUCAGCAGCAGCGCCAGUGCUGCAGGCAACUAAAGACCCUCAUCAGUCCCUCGCCAUGCCCACAUCUGCCUCCCUGCCACAGCAAACCACAGCUCCAGCAGAAACCUCGGCUCACCUCUUAUCCUUUCCUACUCGGUCGGAAAAAUGACACAGAUUCGAUCGGAAUGAAAACUUUCUCCUCUCUCCGUUCCAGCUUCCUCCCACCACAAGAGGGAGGUAUAACUCAAACUGUAGCUUCUCGAUAACACUGUUUUUGUGGCAGUCGGAAGAGACUCAUUUUAAUGUUGAUUUAAACCUGUGAAUUGUUUGUGUCUUUGUGCGUAUUUAACCCUCGUCUGUAGAAAAAAAGUGCAGAGUGGAGAGGCCAGUUUAUUCAUACAUGGUUGUAGUUUUUGAUGGUCAUACUGUAGUUUCUAUUACUUCGUGCCAGGUGUUUUUCUUAUGGUGAAGUGCCUGGACACUGUUAGCACAUAGUGCCCUCCCCUUAAGCACAAAGCAGCGCUCCUACUAAUAACAGAAUGUCUUCAUGUGUUUCUCUAUGAAUUUUAGAAUUAGCUGUAGACUUAGGUAGAACGACGCAUUAUUUCAAUGGUGCUCAGGUCAAUUCAGCUCAAACCUUGUUGUUGUAACUGCACAACAAUAACUGCACCAGGCGGAUCAGCCCAAAGUCGAGGUGAAAUUAUAUCUUUAUUUUAAUCCACCACUCCUUAACUCGUCCUUAUUUGGGAUUUCAUGGCUCUGGCUGAUUAUUCUGAUCACUCUGUAUUGUAAUCAUGGCUUUUACUGUCAAUAGAUGACGAAACUUUAUUACUUGCGGCAUCUUGUUUCAGCAUCCUCAUCAAUUUGCAAACGACUUGUUUAGUGUGGAUUAUCUACCAUUUAUUUGAUAUUGCCGUGUUUGAUCAUAGAUGGAUUUCUCCAGCCCUGCCGGUGUGCCCAUAUGAGUUAACAUGCUUUGGGUUUUUAGUGCUCUAUUGUACCGUCUUUGUUUUGCUCUUUUUUUUUUUUUUUUUUUUUUUAAUUAGAUCUGUGAUCCUUCGGUCCUUAAUGCAGGACGGGCACCCACAUAGCCCACCACACUGAUUGCAUGUGUCCAGACACAGUAGAUACACAAAGAAAACACAAGGAGAAAGUAAAUAUUUUUGAAUCGUGUAUUCUCUUCAGAGAGCUCUUGACUACUUCUGCCUGUGCAAAUUACCAGAAUUAAGAUGCUGUAGGUUUUGGUGGUGUGUGGAUUUAUUCACUGGGGGUGAUGUCAGGGAGCGGGAGGACUUCUGGGGCAUCUUUGUUUCUAUUUUCAUAUUUUUCUAAAGUCACAUUUUUUACAGCACAUUUUAAGGUACCAUUUGAAAGCAAUAUGUAAAACAUGCAAGUGUGAAACUGUAUCUUAAUCUGAACCUUUCCGACUCAACACAACUGAUUCAUCAGCAGGCAGCUCUCCCACAUUAGACAGAAACAACAGGGGUUAUGUGGGUAAGGAUUUUGAAUCUGUUUAUUUAUGAUAAUGUAGGCAGUGUAUCAUGAAAUAAACUUGGUUGUUACAAGA